UUCCGGCGUCCAGGUUACAUUUUCUGGUGGAGUUCGGGUCUUUUUGUCGGGUCUUGUUCUCUUCUCGCCAAUGGACUUGGAAGCCCUCGGCGGCUUUUGGGGUGCCUGAGGCUCCGUCCUGUCCAGGGUUGGGGUCGAGGGCUUUCUGGUUGCUGGAAAGGAAGAGGUGGUGGAAGUUUGUACCAGCCUUGUCAUGAAAACCUGGAAUCUUCCAGCAAGAUUUUCAUAGGUAUUGUGGAAUGGUUCAUUUUGAACAAGUGGAAAUUUCACUUUCAUUGCAAAAUAAACCAGUUAAAGUAUACAGACAUUUGUAGAUCAUGAGAUCUUUCAUCGAUGAUAGGGGCAUUGAUGGUCAAGUGACCUCUAAACGGACAAAGAAUUCAUCGUACAGCCAUAAAGGAAGAAAACAAAUCAGCAGGGAUGAAAUGGGUAGCAUGUUGGAACUCUGUGACCGUCUUGAUUCAUUCAUAACACAGUUUAUGCUAGUGCCUGAGGUCACGGUCUCCUUUGGACACCCAGAACUCAUGAAAGAGGCAUGUACUCUUCUUUCCUUGUCAAGUGAAGAUGGUAGCUUGCCCCAGCUCAUCUCUUAUGAUACUACCUUUAAACUUGGUGAUUUCUAUUUGUCUCCCAUAGUCAUGAGAAACAUCAAAUUGAAAGGCAACCCAGUAUUCCCUUUUGCUUUUCUCCUCCAUAGGGAAAAAUGUACAUCACACCAUCAAGAUUUCCUAUGUGAAAUAAUUACAAAAUUGGGGGCAGAGCAUAUGAAAAAUGUACCACUUUUGACUGAUAGAGAAAGAGGUAUUAGACAGCUCUCACAAAGGAGCUCUCCCUACAUCCCGAAGGUGUAUCACUGGAAUCAUAUUUUGAAUGAUGUCAGCACCUGGAUUAAAAAGCAUAGAAGAACCAAUGACCCUAAGGUUUUAAAAGACCACAUUGCAUUGCUUUUGAAUUCAGCAUCUGAGGAAGAAUAUCAGCACAAUUAUGAACAGUGUAGUCUCCUGUGGAGCCAGGCCUUCAGAAAGUACUUUGAUAAAGAACUGAAGGAUGUCAUACCAAACCAUGCAGCCAGAUUUUUUAUUCAGAAGUUUUCAGCCUUCAAAAAUGAUGUUGCAGCAACCAAUAACAUUUGUGACAGCAUGAACAUGGUCAUACAGAAUGAAUCAGAUUGGAAGGAAAUGCCUGUAGAUUGCCUUAUACAUUCAAUGUACCAUAUGCAGAUUUUUUUUCUUUAUGAAUUCCAACGAGCAUAUUGUGGCCUCGGAAGUUAUGCACUCAAGGAACAGUUUUCAUACUUGCACAAAACAACAGGAGAGUCCCAAUUCCCAUUUUACUAUCCUCUGGCAACAAUUGUGGACAGUAUAAAACUGGGCAAGCCCCUCCCAGGAAACAUGGGGAAAACCAGAAGAUUACAAUGAAAAUCAGACUUCUUUGGCCAAAUUUUGCAUAGACUCUGGGGGAGUUACCCUCUGCCCACAGACUGCUACCUUUACAGUGUGAGAUGUUAAUGGCUGCUGUCUGUUCCUGUGCCAGUAGUGAGCUCUGUUAUCAUAUCAUAGCAGCUCAGAUGUCAAUUGGGUAUAUGGAAAGAGGGAAAGGCAGAAAUAAAAGAGCUGGAAGAAAAAGGCGCAGGCAGGGAUCUAUAGUUAUAGCAGCACCUGACUCAUUUUGGGGUGUGUUAUAGGAUGAAAAUGUUGUGCUGGACAAUCCAGGGAAUGUUGAAGUUGCACUGGGCUAGUUCAGAGCUUGAGAGAACCAACACUUCAGGCUUUCUGUUAGAAGAACCAUUUUGAACAUAUUGUACCCCCAAAGCAAAAGAGAGAGAGACCACUUGGAUAAUUCCUGGAACAGAGCAGCAACAGAAAUGGACAGAUAGUUCUUAAAAUGCACACCUUUAUAAUAGAGUAUCGUUGAAGUUUGGAGCACGGUGUUGGGAUGAAAAUUCAAGUCUACCCAUUGUUAUACAUCACAGUGUGACUCUCAACAACAGUUUAUACACACACACUGAUACAACUAUAUACUUUCAUGGAGAGCUAUAUGGCUUGCAGUAUGGACACUGUACCGCUUCUGUUCAAAACUGAAGUCCCCAGUCCUGAGGCCCUUGUUCUGUUUACAAGGGUGGUGUUUAAUGCAUUCCAGUUUUUUUAGUCAGUUCCUUGUUGUACUUGUGCCUUUGCUGUAUUUCACUUUUGUUUCAACAUGAGAGAAAAUGUUUCAGGCUGUAAUCAUCAUAAGGCUUUUUGUCAGCAUCCUGUAUGGAAUGCCAAGGAGGUGGCAUGAAUUAUGGUACACAGGACUUUUGUUC